AUGACUGACAAGAAGCAAAAUCCACUAGACAUAAAUGGUCCAAAUUUCAGUCCUAACAUGUAUUUGGAUAAAUUAUUCAAAGAAUCCAACUUGAAACAAAUAAUGGACCAUGAGAAUGAGGUUAUCAAAGACACUCAAACAUUACACUCGGAUAUGCAAACAUUGGUCUAUGAAAAUUAUAACAAAUUCAUCUCUGCAACGGAUACCAUAAGAAAGAUGAAAACGGAUUUCAAAAAGAUGGAAACAGAGAUGGACCUUCUGGCAUCCAACAUGUCUUCUAUCACAUCAUUUUCUGAUCAAAUCAAUUCAACUCUUCAUGAUACUAGAGAAAAGAUAAACAAACUAUCAGGAGUUCACACCUUACUACAGAAACUACAGUUUUUAUUCAAAUUACCCACAACAUUGAAAUCUCGAAUGGAAGAAAAGAAUUAUAUUCAAGCUACUCAAGACUACCUACAUGCUCAGAGAGUCCUUCAACAAUAUGGUGACAUGCCUUCGUUCCAAGGUAUAAAGAGCGACUGUGAAUCAAUCUUAACCGAACUCAAAACUGAGUUACGGAAACAAUUUGCGAAUCCAAAUGCAUCUGCAAAAGAUUUAGCUGAAUCGGUCGACUUGCUAUUGCAAUUAGAAGAGCCCCCGAAAGAACUUUGUUUAGAGUUUUUGUCUUGUGCAGAAAAGCGGCUGAGUGAACAAUUGGUUAUGCUGAAAGACCAGAGUGAACAGAGAGACAUCAUUGAAUUUGUCGAUUUAGGAUGUUCUGGGUUCUUGAGCGAUUUGUGUUUAGUGGUCGCUUCAUUCCAUGAUAUGUUCAUUAAUAGGGUGAACAUAGAGAAUGUAGAGAGCAGUGACAUAUUUGAAAACUUUGCGGCAGUAGAAUUAGAUUCCUUUGUUAAACAGAACAUGGAAAAGUACUUCAAUCUCGUUCAAUCCAAGGUUGAUUCUGAGCAAGAUGUAGGAGACACUAGUACAUUAGUGCAAGCUCUCGAUAAAUUUUAUAGACGAACCGAAUUAAUAACGUUAUGUAAAGAUGUGGAUUUCGCAAAUUACGCAACUGAUAUUGUAAUAAAUGCCGGCAGAAAACAAUGCAAAGCACAUCUUCAAAUUUUGAAAAUGCAUUUCGCUGACAUGAUUACUAAAGUUAGACAAACACUCACAACGCCAAAACUAAUAACUCAAGAUGAUUCCUCAAAGAAUCUCAGCGAAUUAUUGAAUUCGUUAAUUAUGACUAUUGUUGAGAAGAUCAAAGGCGUGCUUCAAGACCUAGUGGUAUUCAUCCAACCAGAUAUACAUUUCGCCCAAAAAUCCCAAUUUAAAGAUAGUUUCUGCGUAGACAACGUACGAGAAGGCCUUAUUGUAUGCUUCAUGCAUCAUUUCACAGCUACAGCAAGAAGUUUUUGUUCUAAAGGUGCAGCAGAUCCCAAAAUACCUCCUACUUUACUCCUCCUUCUCUCCAAACUCUGUCUAGAUUUCAGAAAUGGUAGUGUACGUUUUUUGCUGUCACAAACAGAUGAGUUGUUUAAUAUCUAUCCCAAAUAUAAUGCGGCCUUGACGAAUGAGAAUGAAAUAAAUAAUACAAUGCAAGAGUCUGCUCAAGAGUUAUUGAAUUAUUAUGUGAGGAUCCAAGCACUGAAUUGUUCUCAGAUGUUGAGAAAAAGCGUUGAAACGAGGGACUGGCUGCAUACGAUUGAGCCUCGGACCGUUCGUGCAGUGAUGAAAAGGGUUGUUGAGGAUAUUUCAGCUAUUGAUGCUACGGUAGCGUUACUGUAUGAAGACCAGGGCAACGUAACAGAACACAGCAGUGAUUCUAGUCGCAAAGCACAUAGCAUCUCAGUAUCAAAGCAUCAGUAUAGAUCAAACUGGUCUAGUUAUACUCCAAAUCAUUUGGACUCAGCACUAGUUUCGAAUAUGCAUCGUCUAUUCAGUGAAAGAAUAGAAAUAUUUUCUUCAGUGGAAUUCAGUAAAGUAUCGAUUCUUACUGGUAUAAUUAAGAUAAGUUUAAAGACAUUCAUGGAAUGUGUAAGACUUAAGACUUUUAGUAAAUAUGGACUACAGCAAAUUCAAGUUGAUACCCACUACUUGCAGUUGUACUUAUGGAGAUUUGUAGCAGAUGAGAAUUUGGUACAUUUCCUACUAGAUGAAAUUUUGAGUUCAGCUGUCCAUAGAUGUUUGGAACCAGCUCUGAUGGAACCUAGUGUUGUUGACAUUAUUUGUGAAAGAGGCUAA